AUGCCAAUUGCAAACAUUUUGUUGCGGGAACCAAAUGCUGGUCUCACUCCGAAUUUCGCCGCGCAGAUACUCCUGCAGUUAGCUCGCUUUGUGUUCGCGAUUGCAGCUCUUCUCGCUGUAUGCAUAUCCUUCGCCCGUGGCGGCGGUGUAAGAGAUCUGGAGACCAAACCCAGCAGAACGUCUGCUGACGCUCGUGAGAGGCUUCCGCUCUCCAACACGCGGAGAAACUGUUCGAGACGCCUGGUCGAUAUGCUGAAGGCUGCUGAGAAGAAGCAACCUGGAAUCAUUGCAAGGUCCGAGUCGUUGGUGCAGGAUAACCCGAGUAUCGUAGAGGCGCUUAAGAAUAGCCCACCCGCCGAGCGCGCUGCCAAAGCCAUCGUGAAGGGUCCUUACAAGCGCGAGAUUCAUUGCCGAUCCGUCGCAGGCGCUCUUCUGGCUUUUGCGGCUACCUUCGGCUUUUCUGCCAUUGCGGUAUUAGCUAGCAAAUAG